GUAUUGUAUUAUGUAGUGUAUUAUGUAGUGUUAUGUAGUGUAUUAUGUAGUUUAUUAUGUAUUUUAUCAUGUGUGGUAUUAUGUAGUUUAUUAUGUAUUAUAUAGUGCAUUUUAUUAUGUAUUUUAUUAUGUUGUGUAUUAUGUAAUCUAUUAUGUAGUGUCCAGGAGUCUGGACCCAGCUGAUGUACUGUAUGCACAGAUAGAGUUACUUCUCUCCAAAGUUUUAACGAGUAGCUCAGAAAGACAGACGAUGGGUGGGUGGAGUACCAGCUGACAAACAGGUCUGGUAGAGAGGAGUUAUUGCUCCUUAUACUAAUGUUAGGCCUAUUGGUCUUUUCUAAGGAGAGGUCCCAGCUCUGACACCUGCACUAGGCCUGCAUACAGGGCAUUAUAACUGAGGCUGAGCCAGGCAGAUUCCACACUGCUGUUCACUCCUCCCCCACUAGGCACAAACUGAUUGAAGUACAGUGGAUAGCACAUUAUUCAGUCAAAUAUAAAUAAGCUAAAUAUCUAACAUUAUAUUACAAUUUGAACUUUGCUGUGCUUUUCAAUGGUUGAAAGCACAGUGAGUCAUUUGGGUGACAAAAAAAUCUGACAUUGUUUUUCAAUUGGAAUUUUAUUGUGCUUUCAGAUGGUUGAAAACAUAGUGAUAACACACUGAACAUUCAGCUAACUUUUGGCUGUCUUUUUGAGUGGCUGAAUAUAGGUGGUAAUCUCAUUGAUCAAUGUCUCAACCAAUUAUUACCCAAUUAUCCUCGUUGAAGUGACGUGGUGUUCCCUGUGGGCCACCUCUCAGACCGGCUGGCUGGUAUUGCUCUGCUUCCUGUGUUAAACUAUUGUGUGUUUUCCAGUGUAGCAUCAGUGUGUCACCAGUCAUUAUGUUAAUAUCAGCUCUAGUAUUAUUUUUAGGGAACUGGGCUGAUAUGGAGGACUUGUAAAGAGCAGUAUCAACAACCUCUGCAUCAUCAAGAUAGUUUUUUGUGAUGUGUUAAUGGUGGGAGGUGUUAACCCAUGUACCCAGUUAGCCAUUGUUAUGUAAAUGACAGCUGAAAAGUACCAGUGUCCAGGGCCUUGGAGAGCAGGUCCACUGAGGUCAUGACCCAGAGAGAUACUGGAGCCAGGCCGUGGAGGUGGAAACACAAAAGUCUGAGCCAUUUGGGUAAAAUACUGGGGUAAGUCCUUAGUGGAAGUAUGCCAUAUGUGGGAUGAGAUCUUAUAGUAUUAUUUCUCUAUUCUAUUCCCUUUCUCUUUGAUCCAGCUUUGCUAUAAUGAGCAGCCCAAAAAAGUGAAAAGAAUUUCAUUGAAAUGAUGGCAGUUGAUGUACGCCUACAAUUGUAUUACAAUAAAGUUAUUCCUAGCUAUAUGAGCCCAAAACAUUGUCUCUAUAAAGUGAAGCAGCGCCCACAACUACCCUAGCUCCAGUGUGGGUAGGCGGGUGCUGCAGGGACUUGUCUGAGCUGUAAAGUACAUCACGGCCUGAGGAGUAGGACCAUGCUCCACCUCUGGCCAUCUGCCAGACACACACAGAGAGAGAGGAGGAGUGUUGUACACACAGUGCUCUUUCGGGAAUGCAUUACCUCCCUUUCUACUUCCUAGAUAGUGACAGAGAGACAAAGAUAGCGUAAAAAGACACCAUUUUUAACUGAGGAUCGCUGAACAACCUACGACACACACACCUGCGGACAUACUCAUUAUACAAACAUGCAGUUGAGGAUUCCUUGAGUCUGUCACCACCUCUGCCUCUGUGACUCUUGGUCAUGGCUGUAGUCGUUUGGGGAGUCACUGUGCUGUGGGUGAGGAACUCUGCAGUACCACAGUGGAAUAUAGGCAUGUCUCUGGGGCUGGACAAAGACGCAUCAGGCAAUGUGUUCUUCUAAUCCUGGAACUUAACAGUUGAACUCACAAACCAGGGACUCUGAAUCAUUUUUCAGCUGCAGGAUUUUUCCUUGGAAGAAAAGUCUACUUUGAAAAUGUCUAAAAGUCAGAUUCAUCUCAAUGCUCCACUGGUGACAGUGGGACCGUGGAGGAGACACAGCGAAACCACAGAUUUAUUUGAAAUGAUUGAGAAGAUGCAGGGCAACAGAAUGGAGGAGCAGCGAUACACCUUUCCUCCCCCACUCAAAACUGAAGAGGACUACAUUCCUUACCCCAGUGUCCAUGAGGUGCUGGGGAGAAAGAGUGGGUUCCCACUGAUUCUACUGCCUCAGUUUGGGGGUUACUGGAUCGAGGGCAACAACCAUGAGCUUGGUGACAGUGCUGAGCCAGACCAGAUCCAGCCUCUGUCCCCCACCACACACAAGCUGGAGAGUAACUCCACCGCCAAGAUGUACAGGAAGCACUUUCUGGGCAAGGAGCACUUGAAUUACUACUCAGUGGACGGAACUCUGGGACAUCUGGUGUUGUCCAUGAAGUAUGACGAGAUCGGACACCAGGAAGACCUCCACCUCAUGCUCAGGACCAAACUGGAGACAUACCAUGAUGUGAUCCCCAUAUCCUGUCUCACAGAGUUCCCUAACGUGGUGCAGAUGGCCAAGCUUGUCUGUGAAGAGGUGAAUGUGGAUCGUUUUUACCCUGUCCUCUACCCAAAAGCUUCAAGACUCAUUGUUAAUUUUGAUGAACACAUUAUAAGCAACAACUUCAAGUUCGGAGUUAUCUACCAGAAAUUUGGACAGACAUCAGAAGAAGAGCUGUUUGGGAACAGUGUUGAGAGUCCUGCCUUUGUUGAAUUCCUAGAGUUUCUGGGGGAGAAGGUCGAGCUGCAUGACUUCAAAGGGUUUCGUGGUGGGUUGGAUGUGACCCACGGGCAGACAGGAUCUGAGUCUGUCUACCACAACUACCGCAACAAGGAGGUCAUGUUUCAUGUGUCCACCAAGCUGCCUUACACUGAGGGGGACACACAACAGUUGCAGAGGAAGAGGCACAUAGGGAAUGACAUUGUGGCCAUAGUGUUCCAGGAGGAAAGCACUCCGUUCGUACCAGAUAUGAUUGCCUCCAACUUCCUCCAUUCCUACGUAGUGGUGCAGGUGGAGAACGCCUGCACUGGUGAUGUACUGUACAAGGUGUCAGUGACGGCGAGAAAUGACGUACCUUUCUUUGGACCACCCCUGCCAGACCCGGCUGUCUUUAGAAAAGGUCCAGAAUUCCAGGAGUUCCUCUUCACGAAGCUCAUCAAUGCUGAGUAUGCCUGCUAUAAAGCUGAGAAAUUUGCCAAACUGAAGGAGCGUACACGGUCAGCCUUACUGGAGACAUUGUAUGAGGACUUGCACAUCAACAGCCAGGCCAUGAUGGGUCUGGGAAGAGAUGAGGACAAGAUGGAGAACGGGUCCGGAGGAGGAGGGGGCUUCUUUGAAACCUUUAAGUCAUUGCUUGUCCCAGGGAAAAGUCCCAGUAAACAUGGACGUCGAGGCAGUGCCAUAGGGAUAGGAACAGUAGAAGAGUCUCUGAUCAUCCCUGGGAAGAGUCCAACCAGGAAAAAGUCUGGUCCGUUUAGCUCCAGACGCAGCAGUGCCAUCGGUAUUGAGAAUAUCCAGGAAGUCCACCAGAAAAUCAGCAGUCACAGCGGUAGGGAGUGUUUACCUGGCACACAGAAGACUCCUGACAGUGACCAUGCCUCUCAGGACCCCAAGUCUGAGAACUCCUCCAAUCAAAGCUCACCAGAAGUGCUCAUUACAAAGAACAUUUUUGCUCUUUGUAACAACAGGGCUCAGUCUAUCCCUGAGGGUCACGACCUUUCCCGCUCCUCCUCCAAUGACAGCAGCUUCGCCAGUGUGGUGGAGGAGAACGAGACAGAGGCCACGGAGGACUAUGACACUGGCAUGGAGAGCCUGUCAUCAUCGGGGACGCCACACAAGCAGGACUCGUUAACCUACAGCACAUGGCUAGAGGACAGUAUGAGCAGCACAAGCACCACCAGCCGAGGCAGCUCGCCAGGUCCUGGUCAACUUGAUGGGGGUAAAGGGUCAGAGAUCCGCAUUAAACUGGACAGGCCAAAAGAUAGUCGGUCCUCAUCGCAUUCCUAUAAGACACAAUCCGUCUGGGAGGUGAGACGAGCACAGGCUUUUGCCAUAACCAAGGAUGACGAUGAGGAUGAGGUGGACCCUGGAUAGUCUGCUAGUCAGUGAGGCCAGACCACCCCUUCCCAGAAGCCCCGGCGGUGGUGUUGGUGGUGUCGUACCAGGAGAGGAAGUCAAACACAGAGGGGCCAACUUUUGCACAGUGUCGUUUCGUUCUGCUCACUCCCUCGCCUCUGUCUGUACACACAUCUUCUGCCUGGUUUUGUGUAAAUAGGUGUAUUUGUCUCAGUGAACAAAUGGUACCUUUGGUUCAGUUUUGUUGACGCCUACUGUAUGUAGACACGUGGAUCACAUGGUAGCUAUAGCGACAUUGAACUCUGCCAGGGACUUUGGGAGGGGCAUGUUGGUAUAGUCACAUGGAUUGUACAAUAUAGUGACAGUAGCACUGCCUGAAAAAAUCUAUUAAUUGAACCUAUUUCAUUCCAAAUACCAAAUAUCCAACAACAAAUAUAUGUGCAUUUUUAAUUGUAGGUUAUGUUGAAUACAGUUGAAUGUGGUAUUGAUUUUACAGGUAAAGUCAUUGUAAUUUGUCUAUUAGCCAUAGUUUUAACUGUACAGCCAAAAACAGUUGCUUUGACAGUGAAUAUUUUCUUCUCAAUAUACAAUAGCUGGGAUAUUGUCAUCACAAUAUACAAUGUACUUCAAGCCUCGCCUGCUCAUGUAAAUGUAAUUGAAGAUAGAUAUGUAACCAGAAAGAAUGGACAUAGCCUUAAACUUUUCAAACACAGUUUUUCUAUACCUUCAUUAUUAAUUUCUACCGUUAUCAACAUGGCCAGAAGCAGCCAGUGCGUGGUUUCAGAUUACAUGGAUAUGGGGAAGUUCUGUUUUAUGUUCCACACUGUUUUUGCACACAGAUGCUCAUUGCUAACUGGUACUUAUUUAUUAUUGUGAACCACCGUACAUUUGUAUCAUUGUAAGCUAACAGGCAAUUUUAGCUUUGUUCUUUCUGUCCUCAGAAACAGCCCUCUGUUAUGAUGUGUAUCAAGCAGGUUACCGAGGUCGGGUAUGUAGAAAUGUGUUGAUGACUACAAGGGUAAUUCAUAACUGUAUUGGAUAAUCUACUGUAUUAGUCCAUCUAAUCAACUUGUCUGCCGAUCUACAGUACUCUACAUAACAAAUCCUGUUGCUUAAGUGUUGCCAUCAGUACCGUCGAAGAAAAACAUGUUUGUAUUUAUUUAUUUUUGGUUUUAUUUGGGGAUGAGAUGGGGCACCACUGUAUGCCUAUUAUUAUACAGUAUAUUUCACUGUUUUAUAAAAAUUCUUAGGCUGUUGAUAGAUUGAUAAUGUACAGAGAUGAAUACUUCAGUUUGUGCCUGUUAUAUAGAGUAUAGUCCUACCCACCAUGGAACCUCAGAUGACACUACAUGCCAGAUCUACUGCAGCCCAACAAUUACAUUUCUUUAAGUAGAAAUCCUGAUUGUGUCAUACAGUAAGUUAUACAUAAAUAUAACCCUGUUUGUUC